UAUCCACCCAAUCCAACUCGCCCAUGAAUUUUUCACAAAACCUACCCACAUUUCUAAUUUCAUCCUCAAGAGUCGAUCAUUCUGGGUUUUGUCAGAAGCUGUUGCUGUUGUGGGGUCACGUCGCCGGAUGUAUAGCUAGCCAGCUUCAAUAACAAACACAUCUAUCCAAACUGAUCCAACCUUCCUUGUGCCGGAUCGCAUUGGUCAGUCUCGAGUAUAUUUUGAAAUGGAACCAAGAGGCCUAGGUGGUUUCGUUGCGGCUGCGUUGGUGGUGCUUGUUUCGGCAUUGGUCAUCGAUGUGUCCGGUAACUUGGUUUUCCCGGUGAGCCAUAAGUUUAAUGGUAGAGAUGGCGCGUCUUUGAGUGAACUUAAAGCCCAUGAUCAUCGCCGUCACGCUAGAUUUCUCGGGGCAGCCACCCAGAAUGCUAUCGAUAUAACUUUGGGCGGCAGCGGCAAUCCUACUGGAAAUGGGCUCUACUAUGCUAAACUUGGGAUUGGGAAUCCUUCACACGACUAUUACGUGCAAGUUGAUACCGGAAGUGACCUACUUUGGGUGAGUUGCGCUGAGUGCGGCAAAGGCUGCCCUGACCAUUCUGCAAUCGAUGGUGUUAAACUAACACUUUACGAUCGAAACAGCUCUUCCACUUCAAAGGUAGUGACUUGUGGUGAUAACUUUUGCACUUCCAUACACAAAAAACAAAAUGAAAGUCAAGUGUCCAACUGCAAGCCAGACGAGAAAUGCACCUACCAUAUUGAAUAUGGAGAUGGAAGUACAACUACCGGAUACUAUGUCAAGGAUGAUGUGCAAUUUCAGAAAGCUACCGGAAACCUUCAAACAUCCUCCACUAGUGGAUCUGUAAUAUUGGGGUGCGGGAUUAAACAAUCCGGCUUGCUAAAUAACCCUCAUACAGCAGUUUCCGGGUUAAUUGGUUUUGGACAGGGAAAUGCAUCCAUGCUUUCACAGCUAGUAGCCGCAGGAAAGGUGAGGAAUAAAUUUGCACAUUGUUUGGAUAACACGAAAAAAGGUGGUGGAAUCUGGGCUAUAGGAGAAGUGGUCGAACCCAAAAUGAAGUACACAUCACCUAUCGUACCAAAUCAGGUUCAUUACAAUGUCGUGUUGGAGAAAAUGGAGGUUGGAAGUGAUGUUAUUAAACUUCCUACUAGUGGUGGUGGUGUUUUUGAUAAAAUAUUUGGCAGCAGUAGUACUUCAGACCAAACUAUGGCAAUUUUUGACAGUGGGACAACAUUGACUUACUUACCACCAGAGUUGCAGGAACAAAUGGUGAAGAAGAUAUUGUCUGCGGAGCCUGGAUUGAAAUUGAAAAAAAUUGAUGACAGCGAGUUUACAUGUUUCGAGUAUUCCAAAAACAUUGAUGAAAAGUUUCCUAUUGUUAAGUUCAGUUUCAAGAAUUCCGCUUCAUUAUGGGUGUAUCCUCAUGAUUAUCUGUUCAAUUUGAAAGAGGAUCACUGGUGUCAUGGUUGGAUGCCAUCUAAACCUGGAUCAAAAACCGGCAUUCUUCUGGGAGAUAUGAUCCUUUCAAAUAAGGUAGUCGUAUACGAUCUUGAAAAGCAGGUCCUUGGGUGGGCUGAUCACAACUGUUCUUCAAGCAUAAAAGUGAAAGAUGACCAGUCAGGGUCAGACUACUCUGUUCAGUACCACAAUCUUGCUUCAGAUGCUUCCAGCCAAAGACUACCAAUGUCAUUCGUGUUAUUAGCAACCGCUGCUGCUACUGCUAUGCUGCAUAUGACUUCUAUAUAAAUCCAUCGCUCUCAUCUCACCUGGCUAGCUAUUUAUCCGGCCAACUAACGAAAAUAGUACAUAACACAACAGCCUUCAUUCAUUAGAUGCCAGUGCACCAUAAGCAAAUCCAUGAUUGAAAACUAUGCUUCUUGAUGAGAUUGAUUCUAGUGGAAGUCUUUUAUAAUAUCCACCAUAAUUCUGGGGCACAUUUUCUUUAA